CUGGAUCUGGGCGCCUCUCCGGAUUACAAGGACAGUCGUGGCCUGACUCCUCUGUAUCACAGCUCUAUGGUGGGGGGCGACCCGUACUGCUGCGAGCUCCUGCUGCAUGAUCACGCUCAGGUGGGCUGCAUGGAUGAGAACGGCUGGCAGGAGAUUCACCAGGCUUGUCGUCACGGACAUGUGCAGCAUCUGGAACACCUGCUGUUCUACGGAGCAGACAUGAGCGCUCAGAACGCUUCUGGAAACACUGCCCUGCACGUGUGUGCUCUCUAUAACCAGGAUAGCUGCGCGCGAGUGUUGCUGUUCAGAGGGGCGAAUAAGGAGAUUAAGAACUACAACAGCCAAACUGCCUUCCAGGUGGCUAUUAUAGCUGGAAACUUUGACCUGGCAGAAAUUAUAAAGACUCACAAAGCAUCAGAUGUUGUGCCUUUCAGGGAAACGCCUUCCUACAUAAGUCGCCGGCACAUGACCGGAGGCGACACGCUGACAUCAUCACGCUUGCUGCCUCGCUCCGCCUCCGACAACAAUCUGAACAACGUGGCUGUCACAGGCCCCGCCCACUCGCCCGUGCCAUCUCUGAGGAGCCUGCCCCCUCUGGCGCACACCGGGAUCGACGCAGCGGCCGACGGCAGCCUGCAGAGCACGGGCAGCUCGCUCUCCUCGCACUCCCGCUCGCCCUCCCUCCAGCGCGUCAGCGAGGAGCCCGGCACGCACGCAGUACGCCGACACACGUCCCUCACGCACUCCCACAGCCGCGGACGCCUCAGCCCAGGGACAGUCCAGCAGGACCCCAGCCCUCCUCCCGCGGGGCCCUUGCACACACUCUCAGGAGCCCGGGGCCCCAAACGGAAACUCUACAGCGCCGUGCCGGGGCGCACCUUCAUCGUGGUCAAACCGUACUCACCGCAGGGAGAGGGAGAGAUCCAGCUGAACCGUGGAGAGAGGGUCAAAGACUACCUCUCAAACGCAGUGGAAGAAGAGAAUGUUUAUGAGGAGAUCACGCUCGAGUCUAUCAAAGAAAGUGAAGAGGAAGCAGAAUCUCCCUAUGUAGACCGUUAUGUAGAGCAUGAAAUUAAGGCGGAGGAUGGCCAUGGUUCUGUGGAUGAUAAAGUGUUAAGUAUAGGAGAAGGGGGUUUCUGGGAAGGGACGGUGAAAGGAAGAACCGGGUGGUUUCCUGCAGACUGUGUGGAGGAGGUACAGAUGAGACAGUUUGAUCCUCAACUUGAGACGAGAGAGGACCGAAACAAGAGGCUGUUCAGACAUUACACUGUGGGCUCCUAUGACAACUUUACCUCAUAUAGUGAUUACAUCAUCGAGGAGAAGAAUGCUGUGCUCCAGAAGAAAGAGAAUGAGGGAUUCGGCUUCGUCUUGCGAGGAGCAAAAGCGGAGACACCCAUUGAAGAGUUUACACCCACACCUGCCUUUCCUGCACUGCAGUACCUGGAGUCUGUGGAUGUUGAGGGCGUGGCCUGGAGGGCGGGGCUAAGGACUGGUGACUUCCUCAUUGAGGUGAAUGGUGUAAACGUGGUAAAAGUGGGACACAAGCAGGUGGUGUCACUCAUCCGGCAGGGUGGGAAUAACCUCUUGAUGAAGGUGGUGUCAGUCACACGCAAGCCAGAGUCUGAGGAGUCAGUCAGGAAGAAGGCGCCCCCACCUCCAAAAAGAGCGCCCAGCACCACCCUCACCCUGAGGUCCAAAAGCAUGACCGCUGAGCUUGAAGAACUAGCCUCUGCAAGGAGGAGAAGAGGAGAAAGGCUAGAUGAGAUUUUGGCCUCUCAGGAGACAGUACUGAGGCCAAAGGUAGAAGCAGACUACAGAGCAGCCACGGUGAAGCAAUGUCCUACCAGUCGCCGAAUUACACCAGCAGAAAUCAGUUCUCUUUUUGAGCGGCAAGGACUUGCUCUCCAUGGUGCUGUACACCCAGCGUUGGAAAAAGCCCACAUGCAGCUGCCAAAAAGCAUGGCUAGAACAAAGUCUUUUGGAGCAACUGAAGAGGAUCGACUGUCUGCCCUGGCAGCGGAACACAGGUUUCCGCGGAGCUCCUCCAUGACGGACAGCCUGAGAGACAGCCAUAGUAUCCCUCCACCUCCUCAAACGGCUCCCCCACCUCCCCCAUCGCUUUACUAUCUAGAUACUGGACCCCCUCCUUCGUUCUGCCCACCCCCUCCUCCUGGCCGCAUUCACGACCCCAGCCGUUCCAGUUUCAAACCAGGUUCUGAACCAAGGCUGCACGUUUUGCCACAGACAAUGUCUGCUGAGCUGUUUGAGCCACCUCGCCAUGCCUCCCACAUGGAUCGGCAGAAAAAAGCCCGCUCCAUGAUCAUCCUACAGGACUCCUCCCACCUUCCCGUGGAGCCUACUGACAUCCCCAGGCCAGGUGCUGUUUCAACUCCACCUGAAAGGAUCAAGCGGAAAGGUCGAGUCAUUGAUAACCCCUAUGCCAAUGUGGGCCAGUUCAGCGUGGGCCUGUUCACACCGAGCAAGCCACAGCGGAGGAAGAGCCCACUUGUAAAGCAACUGCAGGUGGAAGAUGCUCAGGAGAGAGCCUCGCUAGCACUGGCAUCCAUCCAUGCGAGAGAGCACUCUCCCUCUGGGCGCCUAGCUGCCCACCAUACCAGCAGGGCUGAUUUCUAUCAGCAGCAGCAUCAGCUGUUGCAGGGACGCAGUCAAGCUCACGCUGAGGGACUGUUGCAAGGAAAGGGACCUUUCGCUGCCGCCAUUGCUGUUGCUGUGAAAGACCGGGAACGUCGUCUGGAGGAGAGGCGGAAAUCCACAGUCUUCCUAUCAGUGGGCACUAUGGAGGGCAGUUCGGCACCACCCCCAGAGGCCCCCUCGCUCACACCAUCCCGUUCGGUUGAUGAACGAAUGCUCACACGUGAACUUGGUCAGUUGCCUCCUCCGGCCUUGGCGUUGCGUCCCUCUCCUGGGGGCACCACCUUCAUUCACCCACUGACAGGCAAGCCCUUGGACCCCAACUCUCCAUUGGCACUUGCGCUGGCCGCAAGGGAACGGGCAUUAACCUCCCAGAGUCAGUCCCCUUCAAGCAGCCCUGAGCCCAGAACUAAACAUGAAGCUGCUGGAGGGGUGCUGUACAUGGAGACCCAGACCAAAGAGGCUGAACGGUCAGAGGGUGAGUUUGCCUCACCUCCCUUUUCCCCUGCAACGAAAAUAAUUUACGAGACCUCUGCCCCCACCAGCAAGAUUCAGUGGGGAAGUCCCAUAUCCACUAGGAAAGAGUUAGAAACAAGGACAGAAAUGAAGGAGGAAAGGAAAACUGAGGACAAGAAGAGUAUGAUCAUCAGCAUCAUGGACACAUCCCAGCAGAAAACUGCUGGACUUAUCAUGGUCCAUGCAACGAGUAAUGGGGAGGCAGUGGGGCCCAGCCCAGAGCACAGUGUCCCCUCACCUAAGGGGGCAUUGUCAGAGAGCCCGAAACCCAUGUUGGCCGAAAUAAAACGCGCUAAGUCCCCUGGUCCCGAUGCUCCUUUGAGAUCCACCCCACCUCCAGCCACAGCUCCAACUUCCCAGCCACCUCCCAGUGCAUCCUCAGAUAAAACCCUGGCACAGGGUAGUUCUGAGGAGGACGUGGAACCCUAUACGGUCACAUUGCCACCUGCCAUGCUGUCUUCCAGUGAUGAGGAUACACGUGAGGAGCUCCGUAAAAUCGGUGUGGUUCCUCCACCGAAUGAAUUUGCCAAUGGCAUUCUUGGAAAGACACCUAAAACUGCAGUACCUCAUGCUCCUACGUUGGCACAGACAACCACUUCUGCCCUGCCCUCAGCUCCACCCCCACCCCCCGCCACUCCAGCAGCAGUUGCCGCAGCAGCACAGGUCCCCGCUAGCAGUGGCCCGCAAGCAGCCUCAGGGAAGCCAUCUGAGUCCCACCUGGGCCCAGAGUCUGCUGCUGACUCCGGGGUGGAAGAGGUAGACACUCGUAGCUCCAGUGAUCACCACUUGGAGACCACGAGCACCAUCUCCACCGUCUCCAGUAUGUCCACACUGUCCUCGGAAAGCGGCGAGCCCACGGACACCUACACCACCCACGCAGAUGGCCAGACGUUCAUUCUUGAUAAGCCGCCAGUGCCUCCAAAGCCAAAGCUCAAGUCCCAGCUCAGCAAGGGCCCGGUGACGUUCAGGGACCCCCUGCUCAAGCAGUCAUCCGAUAGCGAACUGCUCUCACAGCAGCACGCGGCUGCGCUGGCUGCUGCUGCGGGAGCCUCAGGCCCGGCCAGACCCCGCUACCUCUUCCAGAGACGCUCCAAGUUGUGGGGGGACCCCGUGGAACCCCGUCCGCUUUCGGGGGCAGAGGAAGGCAAGCCCACUGUGAUCAGCGAGCUCAGCUCACGGCUGCAGCAGCUGAACAAGGACACACGCUCACUCGGGGAAGAGCCGCUUGGAGCUUCACUUGACCCCGGAAGGAAAUCACCCGUGGUCGGUGCAAGAGCUGAAUCUGAGGCUAAGCCCAGAAGAGCCGGGCACCUGUACUCUUCAGCAGUUUGGGGGAGCUCCAUACUAUCUCUCAGAGAGGCUACGGCACCACCUACACCAUCAGACCAGGCAGCCGCUACCCAGUGACCCGACGGACACCCAGUCCCGGUU